AUGGACAGGAUUAUUGUCGGCGUGAAAUAUUGCUUUCGCUAUAACCAGCGACAUCGCCAGGCUCGAAAUGAUGAUAAUGGCGACCCCAUCGACAUGGUUAACGUCCCUAGGACUCAUCGUAGGAGGAGGGAGAAGAAACUCAUGUCGAUGGAAGACGUUAACAGUCGAUUUCCCAUCACAAAGUACAAGAGUUGGCGUGCUUCAAGGGCUGAAGCAGGCCUGCCUACUGCUGGUGGUAUUGACAGCAACAUCGACACACAUACAAGCCGACAAGCAGGCCACCAGGAAUCCGGAAUUAUCGAUACAUCUCGCACGACGACUUCGGCAGACCGAGGCGAGUGCUCUGGCGCGAUGAGCCCUGACAGCAUGCUAGGGCGGAAAUCGACCGACAUCCAGGUACCUCCUGCAGCUCAUGUACCUGCGGAGAAAUCGACCACUGUACAGCCUCCUACUUCGCAAACAAAUCCAUCGCAGCGUAUAUCUACCGAUAACCACAGCCUGAAACAUACCGACUCUCACCUCCCCGAACACGACGAUGAUGACCAUGACGACCACAUUUCUCAUGCUAUUACCAACGAUCUCAUCGCCAACCCUGGUGACUCUUGUGCCAUCUGUCUCGACAUUAUUGAAGAUGAUGAUGAUGUGCGCGGCCUCACUUGUGGCCAUGCAUUCCACGCCUCUUGUGUCGACCCUUGGUUGACUAGCCGCCGUGCCUGUUGUCCUCUGUGUAAGGCUGACUACUUCACUCCCAAGCCACGGCCCGAGGGCGAGGCUCCCGAAGAAGACCGCCGUGAACGUGGGAGAAGACAUGGCAACAACAAUGGGGUCAGUGAGGGUGAAUCACCUUAUCAGACUGCCCGUAUGCCACCGUUUGCCUCAAGAAUGGUUUUAGCCGGUAGAUUCAUGCCGAUGCUUCCGGGUGAAGAAAACAAUCGCUCUGCUCGUGAUCGAGGCCUUCGUGUUGCUGGAGACCAUGCAAAUGCUGACGCAGGUCAAGACGGCACUCAGCCACAAUCCAACGGAUGGAGAUCUCGCCUGCCGCGCCUGAAUAUCCCCUUCGGGAGAAAUAGGACCAACGGCUCUCAGCAGGGCGAUGCAAAUGCAUCGUCAGUUGUGGCUGAUCCUCCUACACCAAGACAACUGGAAUCUGCUAGCCAUGUCUCAAGAUAG